ACAGAGUCGUUUAUUUGUUUCCUCUUUGUUUGAAUACCGGGGUCUUGACGAAUCAGAAUAUCGCACGGCUUCGUAAACUCUUAUACAAUGUAACCUGAUUGGGUAGGGCCAAGACGCGAAGGAACAUUUUCUUAUAGCCUUGCCGUUGAGGAUUAUUCGAUGAUGAUUAUCCCAAGUUGUUGGGUCGGAAACAAUUACCUACCUCCUAUGCCCUCGCGAAAAGUUUGGGUUGAUAUGACCCGAUAGAUUAGGUAGGCAUUUCUACAUACAGGGCCGCCCGGAAGCGUCUGACCUUAACACUCAAGUACAGACCGACUACCCCGUAGACGGGGAGGAAACUGUGUUUUUUCUUCACUUCUCGUCCUACCAUAGAAUGGCAUCAGGUACAUAAUAGGGUAUUAAAAUGAACAAAUUUGGAGCUGCGCUCCUAUUAUCGUGGUCGCUUUGGUCGACUGUGGGAGCAGGACUCGAUGAUGCCACACUUAAUACAGAUUCGUUCGACAGGAGGGAGCAGGAGAACCGAUUAGAAAGAGUACCUACGAUAUCAGGAUGGCCUAUAAUACCAAAUGAUGAAAUUGGAGAGGGUCAAAGAAGACAACACCAACCACAGUCGCUACUUUCCACUGCAGUGGUUCUUUCUCCGCCGACAACAACUACGUUAGGGAAUUCCUGGCUUCAGCAUCGCCAGGCUAGUGGGAAAGAGAGUAGCAAUGAAGAGGGCGAUGACGAUGGCGAGAAGGGUGACAGGACUCCCAAGUCUCCAGCUGAUGUUGUGAGCAGCAUGAUAUCCAGCAGAGUCUCGAGCGGCGUAUCGAGCAGCGUAUCGAGCAGUGUAGCAGCCAGUGUGUCUGCUGCUUUUUCCGUAUCGCUUGCGGAAGUUUCGGCAUCAGCAUCUAGUGCUGUUUCGUCCGCGCGGGAGGCAGCACGUACUCAAGAGGCUCUUUCAUCUAUAACAGUGCCUAGCCCGCCAAAGACAACUGGUGCUUCUACGGCUACCUCGUCGCAAGCAGCUAGCACUACAAGCGAUAGAUUACCUGCAGUAUCUGCUACCACAGCGGAUGUCUCGAAUAUCGAGGAAAGUGCUAUUACAGCCAGCCAACCCAGCACCCCAACCAGCGUCCCAACUCAGGGUUCAUCAAUCACACCAGGAGUUGUUGCAGGCCUCGUCGUAGGAAUCUCAAUCGCAUCAGCACUACUUUCAGCUAUCAUCACAUAUCUCUUCAUGCGCCGGCGCGCAAGACAACAACAGCAACAACAGCAGGAGCCUCAGAACAAUUUCCUACCCAGCUCUCCACCACCGUCUAACUCCCAUUCCAGCCUCGGGGGCCACGGCUUCGUUAAUCACUCCCACUCCCAUUCCCUCUCCAACGAUUUCUCCCAGUUCCAGAUGAUAUACACUUCCCCAACACCCACAAAUCAUAACCGAGCCGCCGCCAACCUCGGCGGCGACUUCACGCCAGACAUGAAGCAGCGGUUCACCCCAACCCCGACUCAAGCCUCUACGCCAGCUCCCGCUCCGAUGCCAACAACAAUAGCAACAGCAACAACAAUACUAACACCGGUAGCCGCACCCCCUAUAACGCAGUACCCAGCCACGGCGCAAACCACCCAGCAAACCACCCAGCUCUCCGCGCCCCCUCCUGCGCGACGCAUCUCCCGCUUCCGCACCCGCCCGCGCACGCUCUCCGACCCCUCCGUCGACGGCGGCAGUGGCCUGGACCCCGUGUUCCCCGUGUCGCCACUCAGCUCCGACGGCGACGGGCCGUACAGCAGCCGCACGGACCGGCGGCCCUCGCCCCUGAGCUACGAGGGUGGUGGGGGUGGUAACCGGAACAGCAUGAUCACGCGGACGACGUCCGCCCGGGCCGCGCUCGCGCGCCAGCAGAGUAUCAGCGCCAACGGCGGGCAGCGGGCGCAUCUGGUGCGCGUAGGGAGCGAGCGGGGCGCGGAGAGAGACGGGGCAGGAUAUUUAGCAGCAGCAGCAGGAGGAGGAGGAGUAGGUCAGGGGGAAGGUCUGACGAGGCUGUACUCGUUCACGACGGAUAGCGAGAACGGCAAUUCGACGGGGAGCGGGGACGCGGGACCGCAGCAGCAGCAGCAGCAACAGAGCUACCUGCAGCCGCGGCCGCUGGUCAAGUACGCGCUCUCGAGCAGUCCCGGGAGCACGUCUCCGGGCUUGCAGGUGCAGGCGCCGGUGCCGAGGAGGCCGGUCGAUCCGUAUUACUUCGAGAAGGGGACUCAUUUCUAUUAGCGGCUGCGCGACAAGCCAGCCACCUACCUAUCUAUGUAAGGGGCCUGUCCAUCAUAGAUUUGUCGAGCUGGUUGGCUGUUGGGGAUUGAUAGGUAAUGAUAUGGUAAUGGUGGGAAAGGGGACCGGGGAAGCAGAGUUUCCAAAUUGGCUUUGGCUUUGGGUAGAGAGAGAGAGAGAGAGCGCGUUCGGGUUAUUAGAUAAAAAAGAACGCUCUGGUUGGCGUCUAGGAGUUUUUGUAUAGGUACCUUCCAUCAGCAAGUCUGUUGGCUCUUGGGAUAUAUAUAUGUGCUUCCACUUUGUAAAUAUCCUGCAUCGAACAUAUGAAUCAAGUAUAUAUCUUCUACUAUAACCUUGCCAUGCUCAUUUUCG